CCAAGCUUUCUUCGUCGUUGACUCCCCUCUCUACCUCCAAUAACCAGUGGUCGCACCUCCGUCUAGUAUCUCCGCAUAACCAUCUGCAACAAUUACCAGCUCAACCAGCGUCACAGGCAAUCAUCAUGAUGUCCCAAAAUACCUAUACGGAUAAGAGAAGACAAGCGGCGGCCCAAAGAUGGUCGAGAUGUCUUAUGGACAACUCUACCGAGAUAUCCCCAGACGGUAAAUUGAGGGAGGUCCUUAAAGACCUUGCCGAAGAGUACGACAAGCGAAUCCCUUCCCCCUGGGAUAACAAUAUCUACAGUAUGGCGUGGCGUGAUUACUUCGCCGCAGCUCUCAAAAGGGUUCUGAGGGAGUUACCUGACUACCAAGCUAUUUAUAGCAUCGAAGAGUUACGCAAAGCGAUUGCAAGACUUGAGGGGAUCAACCCGCCAGCCGAAGCCACCGCACCCCUCAACGCCAACGCUGCCGAUGCCAACACUCCGACAGCCAGCAAGCCUGUCGAUACCUGUACCACCGACACUACCUUCAAAGUCGAUACCCAAGGCGACUACAAAGCUCGCAUCGUUGAAGAUGGAACACUCGAGUUCCUGCUGAGCGGCCCGGCUACAGUCUUGGUC